AUUCCAACAAAUUUCUAAAAAGUUCAAGAGGCUGAGCAAAUACCAGAAUCACCGCCAACGAUUAAGAGCAUUUUCCAAGGGCUCCACUGUGGCAACAAGGUUUUCGCCUCUCCCGACUCCUUGAGGUGCUCCUGGAAGAAGUGCAGGAUGCACAGGAUGCGCUCCAUCAAGACAUGAAUCCAUUGGCUUCCGUGAGAGGUUUUCCGACAUUAUUUGCAUAUACAUCGUACGGGUCGAGUCGUACGGACAGCAUCUUUCACGUAAGCCAAAGGAUUAGGUAUGGUCGUCGUCGUGGUUGGACAGCUCUUCCGCCUGGCUGUUGCUCCAGCCAAUGCUGCUACCCUGGACGCUGCUGCUUCCCUGGACGCUGUUGUUACCCUGGAUGCUGCUGCGUCCCUGGACGCUGUUGUUACCCUGGAUGCUGCUGCUUCCCCGGACGCUAGUGCUACCCUGGACGUCGUUACCCUGGACGCUGCUCUUAACAUGGACGCUUUUGUUACCCUGGAUGCUGCUGCUACCCUGCACGCUGCUGCUACCCUGGACACUGCUGCUACCCUGGACGCUGCUGCUACCCUAGACGCUGUUGUUACCCUGAACACUGCUCUUACACUGGACGCUGUUGUUACCCUGGACUCUGUUAUUACCCUGGACACUGCAGCUACCCUGGACGCUGCUGCCCCGCCAGUGCCUUUGCUCUCGGCGGUGCUGCUACCCUGGAGGCUUCAUGUUAUGUUUUCUUCAAUUGUUCUUGAGAGGAAUCCAAAGAGAAUACAUAGAAGAACCAUCAGUAGAGGACGCUGAUUGGGUUCGAGGACAAAAAAUACGAAAUUUACGACCAGAAUCUCUGUUCUCCCAUCGUUUGUCAUGUGAAUCAGAGAGGCGGGAAAUAUGUAUGACAAUGGGGAAACCGAGAGCAGUAAAUAUAGUUCAAAGAUCUGCCCUGAAUAGACGAAUAUAUGUGCGCCA